GGAUGGAGCCAGGCAGGAGGAGGCUUUGGAAGCAGCAGCAAGCAGUGAGGAGAAAGAGGAGGAGGAAGCCUUCCUCGUCAGCCUCUACAAGUUCAUGAAGGACAGGCACACCCCCAUCGAGAGGAUCCCCCACCUGGGCUUCAAGCAGAUUAACCUCUGGAAGAUCUACAAGGCAGUGGAGAAGCUGGGAGCCUACGAGCUGGUGACGGGGCGGCGGCUCUGGAAGAACGUCUACGACGAGCUGGGCGGCAGCCCGGGCAGCACCAGCGCAGCCACCUGCACCCGGCGCCACUACGAGAGGCUGGUCCUCCCGUACGUGCGGCACCUCAAGGGGGAGGAGGACAAACCCCUGCCCCCCAGCAAGCCCCGCAAGCAGUACAAGGCCUCCAGGGGCAGCCAGCCCGGCGAGAAGGGCAGGAGGGCCAGGAAGGAGAAGAGCCAGGAGCAGAGGCCUCCAGACAAGGUGAAGCCAGAGGAUACCAGGAAUGAGGCGGAGCAGGGCCAGGUGGCUGAGGGAAGCUCCAGCCCGGUGGUGCCAACCCCCAGCCCCUCAGGGGGGUGUCCCAGCACCUGCAGGCCCCACACUGAGACCUACAAGCGCCUUUUCUCCAGCUUCUACUCCAAAGGCAACCACCACAUCAUGUCUCCUCUGGCCAAGAAGAAGCUGCUGGCCCAGGUGAGCAAGGCCGAGUCCUUGCCCUGCCACAAACGCCACUGCCCCGAGGGCCAGCGGGCGGCGAGCCAGGCUGCCCACACCCCCCAGCCCCUCCGGCCACCCACCGGCCCCCACCUCCAGCAGCAGGAGAGUCCAGAGCCAGCAGGAGCUCAGGACCCAGCUCAGGGCAGUGGGAGCGAGGUAGGACCCACCCUUGGUGGCAGAGAGACCCAAGGCUGCCCGCGGGCCGAGGACGGGCAACAGGCCCCUGCCACCUUCACCGGCUGCUUCCACGCCUGCCGCAGCGAGGGGCUGAAGCCCCUGGGCUGCCACCCGCUCUGGGGGCACUGCUCCAGCCUGAAGGAGUUUUUGGAGCCACCUUCCAGCUUCCCACCGUCCCCACCCGAGGAGCCCCAAGACCUGAGGAGCCAAGGGGGGCAGCGGUGGAGCGGGGACGGCCAGCGGGCAGCCGGCAGAGGCUGCUGGGUGACCCCCGGGGCCGCGGCGAGCGGCAAGCGCGGCCGGGAGGAGGAGGAGGAGGAGGAAGAGGAGGAUGAUGAAGAGGAUGAGGAGGAGAUGGUGUUUAGCCCCAGUGCCAAGCUAGGUGCCAUCUCCCCCUUGCUGGAGGGCAGGGACAAGCGCAGCGGGGGCCUGGCCAAGCCCAAGGCGGUGGUGGCCAGCCCUGGGUACAGCCCGGGGGGGUACACGGGCGUGAUGCUGCGCUUCCCCCUGAGCUUUGGCAACCCCCUGGAGCACCUCAAGAGCCAGGGGGUGCCAGUGCCCCCAGCCCUCUCUGCCCACCCCUUCAUCAUUCCUGCUUUCCCCAGCCCUUUGGUGACUGCCUCCACGCAGCUCCCCGAGCUCUGCCGGCCGCUGGCGCCCGGCCCCGGGCACUACCCAGGGUCCUUCGAGGGCUCCCUGCGGCGCCAGCCCUACCCGGCAGCACCCUGGCACAGCCCUGCCAGCUCCAGCUCCCCCCAUGUGUCAGCCUUCCACCACCAUGCCAAGCUCUAGGACCCAUCCUGCUCUGGAGCAGCCCAGGGAGAAGGCAGCUGGAUGGGAAAGCACAGAGGCUGAGGUGGUGCUGGAGCUGACACCACUGGAGGGACCAGGAGGAGCCACCUUGGACCUUCUCCUUUCCACUGCUGGGGACAGAGCUGCUUGUAGCCUCCAGGGUGGUGCUGGGGCCUGAGCUGCCAGAGCCUGGGCUCCUCUCCAUGUUAUAUCCAUGUCCAUAUCCAUAAAGGCAAAGGGAGCCAAAGGAGGGGCUGGAGGUUUUCUCUUUUGCUGGAGCAGCCCUGGUGCAGCUGAGCCCAGAGCUGGUCCUUGCCCUGCUGCGGUGCCCAGGAGGCUCCAGAGCUCCACUGCUUCACAGCACAGACUGGGAAGACCUUGAGAUGAUGAAGUCCAACCAGAACCUGGCAGCUCCCAGGGCACCACCAAACCAUGGCCCUCAGCACUACAUCUGCAUGGCUUGGAAACCCCUCCAGGGAUGGGGACUCCACCACUGUC